CACAGGCCCAAUUAUGAGCUCUUGGACACUCGAACUCAAGCAGCACCCUGGAGCAGCCUAACCUCGAGCCACUUCCCCCACGUCAAGACACUACUCAAACGCGCUCAACCCGCGCGUGUUGCUCGCGCGCUUCCGCUCGACUCCGCUCCAGUGAACACCCCGGCAACUCCCAACGAACGACUUAUCCCUCGCCUUUGGCAGGACGGUUCUGUGACGACCAGCUCACCAGGUAAGACAAACAUACUCUUACCCAACCUAAUCACCAAACGCGACCAUGGACCCGCUCUUGCCCACCGACUUGGACACAACAGACCAGCACCUCAGCGCCAUGGGCACAAUCGACUGCUCGCAGGACGCGCACACCUGCAACAAUUACAGCCCCUCCAUCCUGGCCGCUUUCAUCGCCGGCGUGUCGGUCCUCGUGCUCCUCUGCGUCCUCGUCUUUUACAUGGUGCGCGCCCACGACAAAAAGGUUUUGCACCAGCGCCGCGCCUCAACUAUCUUCCCGCUGUAUCUCGGGUCCGGACGAGAUGGCCGUACUGGCGCGGGCGACGAUCUCCAGCUACGGCGUCUGUCUCAUCGCGUGUCGAUGCCGCUGCCCAUGCAUGUCCAGCGCAUGGGCUCGGGCGCGGCGGAGGUGGCCGGCGCACCGCCCUCUGUGGGAAGCAGCGACACUGAAAUCCGCCGUGAGCUUUCUCCUAGCGAUGGCCAUUGGGUGUCGAGCGUGCGGGCUGACAACAACAAUUUCAUUGUUUUCUAUGAUCCGUCGCGCGCUAUGGACGCGGGAAACGACGCUACUGUGGUCCUCAACGAGGUGACGCGCUUUGAUGUGCCCCGUACUCCGAGCGUCGACACUCUGCCAAAGUAUGAGGAGGUAGAGGCGGAGGGUGGAUGGAAGAAGGAGCGGCUUCCUGGGGGCGUUGGACAGGCGGCUGGAGGGUGGUGAGCGCUGUGGCCUGCGAUGCAGUGUUAGAAUCAUGAGUUUUGGGAUAGCAUUUGUACAUUCGCGGAUUCGGACAUGUCAAGGUUCUGCUUUCGGGAACGGAUUGAGACAUCCAUGUCGAUAGGGCGACUGAAGGACGCUCAUGUUGUGGCAAGGUAUUACCACUGAACGCUAUAGGAGG